UCUGCAUGAGUGAUAAUGCGGUAAGUAUAUUUUGACUAUGGCAAUGUCAACAUUUAAUAUUUAUAAUGAUUUCAAUUAUUUUUAUUUCAGUAAAAACGGCUAAAUCUAAGUGGAAAAAGUUGAGAGACAGCCACCGGGACGCAUUAAAAAGGAAGAAUGCCACUAGAAGUGGACAGAGUGGUAAACAAAUUCGUGAAUGGAAAUAUGAGAAGGUAAUGGAAUUUUUGAUACCAUAUAUGACGAAUAGAAACAGGACUACAAAUUAUACCUCACAAACAAAUAUAAAUGAACAGGAAACAUAUUCAUUGGAAAGUAAUGUAACCGAUGAGUUUUUUGAAACAUCAAGCAAUCAUACAAGAAGCACUCCAGAAGAUCGUCCAUCUGUACAACAUUCGCCGUCACCGACAUCAAGCGUCUCAGCCUCGACAUGCAGAAAUGCAACAAGAAAAUCGGAUGAAAUAAGUAAUUUACUUAUACAGCACCAUGCAAACCGUGAAAGAAUACGCCAAGAAAAACUAGAAAUACAAUCAUUGAUAGAGAAAAAUAAUACCCUUGACGAAAUGGACACUUUUUUUCUGUCGAUAUCAAAAAGUGUAAAAAAGCUUUCUCAAUAUAUGCAGCUUCAGGCUAAACGUAAAAUUUUCAAUGUUCUUUUAGAAUUGGAAGAACUUGAGCUACAAAACACAUGGUAUAACACAAAUGAAAAUAAUUGGUAUUCCCCCGGUUACACUUCAGCACCGGGUCCAAGUUCGACACCGGGUCCUAGCUCAACACAGGCACCGGUUCUUACAUCAACACAGGCCGGUGGUCCUAACUCAACACAGGCACCGGUUCCCAGCUCAACACAAAUACCGGGUCCAAGUUCGACACAGACACCCGUUCCAAGCUUGGAAGAUACGCACAUGACCGAUGAACAGAUAGAAGCAUUCAGAAACGAAGAAGACACAUAUGAUAAUUUGUAA